UAUAAACCAAACAAUAAAUGAGCAUAAAAUUUCUAACGUUCCAAACAAAAAUAAACCCCAAAACUUUCAAAAGGUUACAAACAACCCCCUAAGUAAAGAAAAUGACGAUCAAUUUAGUCCCUCUUCUCCUCUCCCUAAUCACCAUCUUCACCAUCUUCAAUCCAUCCGCCCUUGCAGACCAGAGUCAAAUCCGCAGCACAACAAGCCAAUGGCUCCAUUUCUCGGAGGACCUCAGCCAAUCAACUAUUGAAGUCUCCAUCCCCACCAUAAUCGCCGCCGUUCUCUCGUUCUUCGCCGCCUCUAUCUCCAGCGCCGGAGGAAUCGGCGGCGGUGGACUCUUCCUCUCGAUAAUGACAAUCAUCGCCGGUCUCGAAAUGAAAACAGCUUCAAGCUUCUCAGCGUUCAUGGUAACCGGCGUCUCUUUCGCUAACGUGGGAUGCAAUCUUUUCCUGAGAAACCCUAAAUCAAGAGACAAAACCCUAAUCGACUUCGAUUUAGCUCUUACUAUUCAGCCAUGUCUACUUCUCGGAGUAAGUAUUGGUGUGAUCUGUAACCGUAUGUUCCCAAAUUGGCUUGUGUUGUUUCUCUUCGCUGUGUUCCUCGCCUGGUCAACGAUGAAGACUUGUAAAAAGGGAGUUUCUUACUGGAAUUUGGAGUCGGAAAGAGCGAAGAUUAAGAGUCCAAGAGACGUUGAUGGCAUCGAGGUAGCGAGAUCGCCGCUUCUGAGUGAAGAAAGAGAAGAUGUGAGACAGAGAGGGAUGAUUAGGUUUCCAUGGAUGAAGCUUGGAGUUUUAGUGAUCAUUUGGUUAUUGUUCUUCUCUAUUAAUCUUUUCCGCGGAAACAAAUACGGUCAGGGAAUCAUAUCGAUCAAGCCAUGUGGAGCUCUCUACUGGUUCCUCUCCUCGCUUCAAAUACCUCUCACUAUCUUCUUUACUCUCUGCAUUUACUUCAGUGACAAUGUUCAAAGCAACCACACAUCGCAUAGUAACCAAAACUCUGAACAGGAGACUGGAGUUGGAGGAAGACAAAACAAGUUGAUGCUCCCUGUAAUGGCUCUCUUGGCUGGAGUUUUGGGUGGCCUCUUUGGUAUUGGUGGUGGAAUGCUCAUUAGUCCUCUUCUUCUCCAAAUCGGUAUUGCUCCAGAGGUAACUGCAGCUACAUGUUCGUUCAUGGUUUUGUUUUCUUCAUCAAUGUCUGCAAUCCAGUACCUACUACUAGGCAUGGAACAUGCUGGAACCGCUGCGAUAUUUGCUCUGGUCUGUUUCGUGGCAUCACUGGUUGGACUAAUGGUGGUUAAGAAGGUUAUAGCCAAGUAUGGGAGGGCUUCGAUCAUUGUGUUUGCAGUUGGUAUCGUCAUGGCACUUAGCACUGUACUGAUGACAACCCAUGGAGCUUUUAAUGUUUGGAAUGAUUUUGUCUCUGGUCGCUACAUGGGUUUCAAAUUACCCUGUUAA